GGCUGCCGAUUAUGUUGGUGCACGGCUUCGUAUAACAACCGAAGAAGGUUCAUAUGAAGGAACUGUUCACAUGAUAGACCCAGUUAAGAGAAAAUUAACUCUUACUAAAGUGAUUUCAUGUACCAAGGGGAAGCCACCCAAGAGCUUGCAUGGAUUCCAUAAUUUCUUUGGUCAUGAGCUUAACAAUUUAGAGAUCCUUGACAAUAACCAUGAAACGGAAAAGUAUCCUUCCAGUACAGAAUCAAGAACAACUAGUAUUAAUUCCAGUGUUCCACAAGCUCCUUCAACAUCACUCUCUACUUCAUUACCACCAARUACCUGUACAGCAAGGAUCCCUAAUAUUGCYAAGGAAAGAUCWCCAUCACACUUCUCACAAACUACUACAAYUAACCAUAAUGAAUCCAAUGCUCAAGCUAGUGUAUUCAGAAAUGCACUUCAAGGUACAGGAUUACAAUUUAAGAAACCCUCCCAGCCACCUGGARUAKUCACCAAAGAUGCAAGUGACGAAGGGACAGCAUUAUUGAAAAGAACACCCCUUGCYGCUGAACAGUAUUUGACGAAUGAUUUUUAYCUCAAUGAUGAGGAAGAACUUUCACCACAUUUACCACCAAAGACAGUUAUCCUCAGUGAAAAUAAUGAUCGUUUUCACAAUGCUAUCAAAAACAUCAACUGUCAAAGAGUAGUUGGAUUGUCAUGUGAAGGAGUGAACCURGGAAGACAUGGAAAAGUUUGCUGGCUUGUGAUUGGAAGUCGACACUUCACAUAUYUAUUUGACAUCAUUUCUCUUGGAGACUCCUCUUUUGAAGAUGGUCUUGGUGAAAUCUUGGAAAAUGGCAACAUAUURAAAGUUACUCAUGAUUGCCGUCAGAUGAGUGAUGCACUAUUUCAUCUCUAUUCUAUAAAACUUAUCAAUAUAUUUGAUACCCAGGUUGCAGAUAUUUUAAUUUACAAACAAGAAAAGGGUGGUAAUCUACCAAAAACUGUCAAUGGAUUGGUUGGCUGUUUAUAUGAAUACCUCAACUUAUCACCAGAACAAUGUCACUUUCAAAAAGUUAGAAUAAGCAACAUGAAGAAAGAUGAAGCUAUCUGGUCAAGGCGACCAUUACCUCAACAAGUUACAGACUCUGCCGCAAAAGUAAGCGAGUCAGCCAAAGCUAUCAACUGCUUCUAUGUGCUGCACAAUUUAUUCUGUGUGCCUUCUUCUUCCUCAUCUUGGUCUUGGUCUAAUUCACCUUCCUCUCCAUCUUAUGGUGCCUCUCCUUCCUCCUCCUCCUCUUAG